UAAAUUUAUAUCGGUUUUGUUUACAGUUAGACAGCAACAGGUCUGACAAGCAAAAACAAAUAACUGAAACAGAAAUAUGAGAUAGUUCAGGAAGAGAAAGAGAUGGUGUUGCGAAACACUUGAUUUUGUGUGAUAAUAUGCCAAGGAGGUAUUUGAGCACCGAGAAAAGCCUGUAGGUGCAUGAAAGAUGAAGUUAGGCAAAUGUGUUCAAGCAGCGGGAUUAUUAUUGUCUAGAGCAACCAGAUAGCUGAAAUGUAACACCCAGUUCUCUUGUAUUUACUUUGAACGUGGAGCUGGAGUGUUUGUGGGUUUGAUGCUGCUGCGCUGCACAGUAGAGGAGAAAGACCAGUCCUACUUUGAACAGCUCGCAGACAGAUGAGGUUCUGAAAAAGCAGCAUCAUCCCACUGCUGCUGUGACAUCUGGCAGAUGAGGCAGAGGAGACACUCUGAAGCAACGCUGCUGCUGUGUUCAUCAUCCAGGAGAACAUCAACACAACACACCGGCUGCUCUGUUUAGACAAAAGACAACAACUCAGCGCAGCAGCACAUGUGGCCACAAAUGGGUGAAGAGAAUCUGACCGACAGCGUAGAGAGCAACUCUACUGUCUGUUCGCCCAUCGAUGACUUCAGAAACCAGGUUUACUCCACGUCCUACUCCUUCAUCACCCUGCUGGGCCUGGUGGGGAACGGUUUCGCCCUAGUGGUGCUGAUCAGGACGCACCGCCAGAGUUCUCCUUUUCACAUCUACAUGCUGAACCUGGCUGUGUCUGACCUGCUGUGUGUCAUGACGCUGCCGCUGCGAGUUCUUUAUUAUGUGAAAAAGGGCGAGUGGAUCCUGGGGGACUUCCUGUGUCGUCUCAGCUCCUACGCCCUCUACGUCAACCUCUACUGCAGCAUUUACUUCAUGGCUGCCAUGUCUGUCACGCGGUUCUUGGCCAUUGUGUUCCCCGUGCAGAAUCUGCGCCUGAUGACCGAGAACCGAGCUCGUCUUGUGUGUUUGGGAAUCUGGGUGUUCAUCUGUUUCUCAUCCUCCCCUUUCCUGAUGGUUGGUCAGAAGCAAGUCCCGGACACGAAUAACUUCAAAUGCUUCGAGCCUCCACAGGCCGAUGGUGUGCAAAGGCUAGUCAUGCUGAACUAUUUGUCUCUAGUAAUUGGCUUUCUCUUGCCGUUCCUGGUCAUUUUGCUCUGCUAUGCAGGUAUAAUCCACGCCCUGCUGUCCCGCAAACAUGCCGCCCGGCGCAAUCGGGGUUCAGGCACCAGAGCCAUCCGAAUGAUCGUCAUCGUCCUGCUGACCUUCCUGAUCAGCUUUCUGCCAUACCACAUCCAACGCACCGUCCAUCUGAACUUCCUGUCCCGGACCGACACCACCUGCUCGGAGAAGGUUGCUAUGCAGAAGUCGGUUGUGGUGACCUUGUGCCUGGCUGCUGCCAAUUCCUGCUUUGACCCACUGCUUUAUUUUUUCUCCGGAGAAGGUUUCCGCAGCCGCAUGUCGUCCCUGCACAGGUCAAAGUCGAGCAGCCAAGUGGACCGUAUGAAACAGCUGAAGCCCAUCACAGGUUCAGAAUCUGGGGAGAACUGCCAGCUGAAGUCCAGUAACAGUACAACAAACAGACUGGGAUGACAAGGAGCUCAGGAUGUUCUAUCACUCUCAUGACAGAAACAUGGGACAAUGAGAGGCAUGAAAAGAAAGCUUAAACAGAUGUUGCUGGUCCAAUUAUGUGUAUUUAAACAUUUCAGCUGAAAGUCUCAGGAGGAUUUUUUCACUUAAAUUGAUAUUUAUAAUCAUAAACAAUACCUACUUGUUGAAUAUUUAAAUAAUGUUGUUCUGCACUAUCAGUAUAACACAAAAUGUGGUGUACUGGUGCUCCUAAAGUUACAAUGUGAUUACAAAUAUAAACCAGACAUGGUAGAAAUAAUGUUUUAAUGCACCCUGCAAAAAAAGGGCUAAACUCUGCUUUUUGUUACACACUGUACAAUAACAACAAUAUGUUAAAUGCUGCAGAAAUGUACUUUUCUCUAUUAUUUUCUACAUAUUCCUCUAUUGUAGUUAUUUUUAGCAGUGAAGUUAUUGUUUUUUUUAUUUAUUAUUGUCCCUCUGUUACCUUUUUGGCCAUUUUUUAUUCUGAGUUAUAAUAAUUCUCCCAUUACAUAACAUUUUUAAAAACAAAACAAAAUAAAGAUACACACUGGAAGCAAACACUGAGAUUUGGGAGUGCAGCUUCAGAGACACAGACAUUUUAGGAUGUGUAAUUUUUCGCUAAUUGUUAGAUAAGAAGACAACACCACUGUCAUGUUUGUACAAUAAAUAUGAAACUACAACCAACAGCUGAUUAGCUCAAAGGUCAACCACUAGCACCUCUAAUGCUCACUAAUCAAUGAGUGAUAUCUUGUUGGUUUAAUCCUUAAAAUAUAAGGUUUACAGAUUGGAAACCAACCACAAAGGGCUGUAGUUUCACAUUUUCAAGAAAGACAUGAUAAAGGUUGUUCUAUAGUUUUUCAUUUAACACUUAGCAAGAAGGAAAUAUUGUCAAAAUAUCCAUUUAAACACCUGAAAAUAUGCUGCUGUAUUCUUGUUGUAUAUUUUUCAUGUUAUGUAGAAUAAAUGCAUUAAUAAAUGUA